UGGACGCCGGAACUACAUUUCCCAUGAGGCACCGCGCUGGACAAAAGCCUCACCUUCCGGUGUCCUGACUGAGGUAUCGCGGAUGGUCAGUGCUUUCUGGUGGGAGGAUCCUGAAGAAGAAUGGCCAGCUCUAGUUCUCAAGACAUGGUCUGUGGAUCAGUGACAUUCAGAGAUGUGGCUGUUGUCUUCUCUCGGAGGGAGUGGGCCUACCUGGAUGCUUCUCAGAGGGUCUUAUACAGGGACAUAAUGUUGGAGACCUACAGCAACCUCGUCACAGUGGUGGGAAGUUCCAUUUCCAAACCCGAUCUGAUCGCCUUAUUAGAGCAGAAGAGAGAGCCCUGGAUGGUUGUGAAGAAACAGACAGACAGGCCCAGCCCAGAUUUGGAGUCAGAUUAUAAAGUUCAAAAAACAUCUGCAGACAAUCAUAUUUCUAAUAAAAAUUUACCCAAAGAGAGUGGAAAGCAUAUAAGUAAAACUUUUGACCUCCAGGGCUCCAGUUUUAGUAAUGGCCCCAACUGUAUUACAUCCAAGGCACUACAAAAUUAUCAAGAAGGAGAUGCUAAUCAAAAGAUUACAAACAAGGAAAAACUACCUACUGACACCUGCCAGACUCCUACUCAUAAUACAAAAAAAACAUAUGAAUGUACUGAGUGUGGGAAACACUUUGGUUGUAGUUCAGAUCUUACUCAGCAUCAGAGUGUUCAUACUGGAGAGAAACCCCAUGAAUGUAAGGAAUGUGGGAAAGCCUUCAGAUUCCAGCAACAGCUUAGAAGACAUCAGAAGUAUCAUAGUACUGAGAGACCUUUUGAAUGUGAUGAAUGUGGAAAGGCUUUUCAACUUCCCAGCAUGCUUAAGUACCACAAAACCAUUCAUACAAGUAUAAAACCAUUUGAAUGUGAAGAAUGUGGGAAGUCCUUCAAGCUAGUCUCCCACCUUGUUGAACAUAGGAGUGUUCAUGCUGGUGUGAAACCCUAUGAAUGUAAGGAAUGUGGGAAAGCCUUUAGACUCCGGCAACAGCUUAGAAGACAUCAGAAGUCUCACAGUGCUGAGAGACCUUUUGAAUGUGAUGAAUGUGGAAAGGCUUUUCAUCUUCCCAGCCUGCUUAAGUACCACAAAACCAUGCAUACAAAUAUAAAACCAUUUGAAUGUGAGGAAUGUGGGAAGUCAUUCAAGCUAGUCUCCCGCCUUGUUGAACAUAGGAGUGUUCAUGCUGGUGUGAAACCCUGUGAAUGUAAGGAAUGUGGGAAAGCCUUUAGACUCCAGCAACAGCUUAGAAGACAUCAGAAGUCUCACAGUGGGGAGAAACCUUUUGAAUGUGAGAAAUGUGGGAAAGCCUUCAGACUUCCCCACCAACUAAAAGGACAUCAGAAAUCUCAUAGUGGUGAGAGACCUUUUGAAUGUGAGAAAUGUGGGAAGUCCUUUAAGCGAGUCUCCCAUCUUGUUGAACAUAGGAUUAUUCAUGCUGGUGUGAAACCAUAUGAAUGUAAUGAAUGUGGAAAAGCCUUUAAACGUCGCUCAAACUUCUUGCAACAUCAGAAAAUUCAUACUGCUGAGAGACCCUUUCAGUGUAAGGAGUGUGGAAAAGCCUUCACUGUUCUUGAAGAACUCACUAAGCACCAGGACAUUCAUACUGGAGAGAAAUCAUUUGAAUGUCAGCAGUGUGGGAAGAUAUUCAGUUGUAGUUCAUUGCUUUUGCAGCACCAGAAUAUUCAUACUGGUGAGAAACCCCUUGAAUGUAAUGUAUGUGGGAAGACUUUUAGGCUUCAGGCAUACCUUUCUGAGCAUCAGAAAAUUCACACUGAUGAGAAACCUUUCAAGUGCAAGCUGUGUGGAUCAGCCUUCAGACAAAAGUCCCAACUUAGUGAGCAUCAGAGAAUCCAUACUGAUGAGAAACCAUAUCAAUGCAAGGAAUGUGGGAAAUACUUUAGUCGACGUUCAAAUUUAACUGGGCAUCAGAGUAUUCACACUGGAAAAAAAACCCUUUAUUUGUAAAGAAUGUGGGAAAGUCUUUAGGCUUAAUAUACAUCUCAUUCGCCAUCAGAGAUUUCAUGAUGGUGAAGGACCCUUUGAAUGUAAAGA